CAAUUUCAUGAACCGUAAUCCAAUUCUGGAUUUUUUUGCCCUUGUUGUAUUUUGGUGCCUUUCUUGAGUUUGUUAUAAAAGUUAUUUCAAGAACUCAGUUUGUUUCUUUAUUUAUUUGUUCAUGUGUUGAAACUUCUUUUAUUUAUUCCAAUAAAAUUAUCAUUCAGGGGAAUGUGUUUUGGCUUAAUAUUAUAAACUUAAAAUAUAAAUUUUACCACAUCAUCAACUUUAUAUCCAACUAAAUUUAUUGAGAACUGCCUUACGGUUCCAAAGGGUGCAGUUAAAUCAGGAAAAUGUGUUGUGCGCCAUAUUUGUGUACUCUAAUCUUUUUUUUUUGAUCUUUGUGUACCCUAAUCUUUAAAACAUGUUUAAUCUCUUUUCCUCGGGUGCAGGUAUUCUAGCUUGUUUAGAUGGUUACAUGAAUAUAGCCAUGGAGCAAACAGAAGAAUACGUAAACGGACAGCUGAAAAAUAAGUAUGGCGAUGCUUUUAUUCGUGGGAAUAAUGUUCUCUACAUCAGUACAUCAAAGAGGACAUUAGCAGACGGGGCUUAGUAAUUGAAUGCCAUCAAGAAUUAAAGUUGUCCAGUUUUGGUCAAUUCCUGUAUACGUUCCCCAGGAUUUUGGAAUUGACAUAGAGUAGAUGCUGGAUCAUAUCAUGCUUGGCAAAACAGUUAUCCUAUUCUCAUUUAGAACUAUGUAAUGAAAUGCCAAAUGCUUGCAGAAAGAUUGUUGCUGCUACUUGGUUUCUUUAUCAAAUUACCACGUCUUAUCGUAUCAUUAAUUAGUUUGCAACACCCCGUGAGUUUCUUCCUC